CGUGUGUUUCGGUUCAUCUUGAGUACACACGAAAUCAUGGUGGUCUUCCAAAGCCAUGUCGUCAGCCUGGCCGUUUGGCUGACACCUGCCUGGGCGGAGCCUGAUAGCUCCUUUGUGCGGAUGGAAAGCAUGAGGGGCGAGGCCAUGACAGGCACGCUGCUGUCGGGCGAUGGCCUGGUGGAAGCCGAAAAUCGCCUCAACUCAGAGAUUGAGGAGAUGCAGCAGAAUGCCACAGCUGUCAUUGAGCAGCGGGCUGAAAAGAUAGAGGAGUACCUCCAGGACACCGAGAAGAGGUACCUGCAUGCUCGUAGCGCACUUUCCAGCAGCCUCGCGAGCCUGGCGAGCUCUGUGGCUGCCAGGUGGCGGCGGCUCAGCGUCAGCUCUUUCCACGAGCGCCUGGGCAAGUGCUGCUGCCCUGGCGCUGCCACUGGAUGUGAAUGGCAAGCUUUCGAACUUGGCGGCCCUUUGGUCGACUACGAGUGCAAGGCUGGCUUUGCUGACUACUUGGAUGUGCUGGACAUGCCGAACGACAACGGAGUGGCGUUGAGCCGCAGUCCUGCCGUGGACGCUGUGCUGGACCAAUGCGCAUCCAAGGGAUGGCCGUAUCCAGCAAUGGACUGGUCGCCGCCGGUGCGAAACCUGAGCGCGUUUGACGCGGUGGUCCCUACUCCCCUCACGCUGGUGCCAACGGAACCAGCAGAGCCUCAAGUCGUGACCGUGGAGGUGCCGGACGUGGUCGACCAGGAGGAGAUUGAGCCGACACCUUCGAGCCCGAGCCCUCCAAAAGACAAGGGCACAACUCUGGAUAUUGACCUGGACACGCUCACCGAUGACGUGACGGAGGCGUCCAAAGAAGCCAUUGUGCCGAAAAGUGUGCAGAUUGUGCAGAUGCCGGAGCCGGUGACCGAGCGCCCGGAGAACCUGGAAAGCCAGAGCCAAGGGAAGGGCCAGGAGAAGCUACCUGCCGAGGAUGAGUUGGCGCGGGCGGCGCAAGAAUUGGCGGCAGCGGAGCAGGUUGCCUCUGGUCUGCCUAGCACGCAGAAGAUGCUCCAAACAGCAGUGGGUGACAACACUAGCAUGGAUCCCGAGCAGCUGGCGUCUCUGCUUGCAAGGACAGUCGCCCAAGGUCAGUCUGCAGUGGAGUUAGCUCACACCCGUUCGGCGGAGAAGCCAGACUCGGAGGUGCAGAGGCAGCGAUCAGCAGAGUUCGACAUGCAGAACAGCCAGAAGAGUCAGGAGUCGAGUCAGAAGUCAAGCGAGUCAAAGGCCAGUCAGAAGUCGAAUCACCGAAGGGUCAAGGAGCGUGACGAGGAGCUCUUCCGCAAGUCCGUGCGUAUGCUCAACGAGCUUCAGGAUGCCUGA